CCAUUAAACGGAAGCUCGUUCAGUUCAGCUGACAGACACGCGCGCGCUACGUCGCUAGCAGAGCGACUGGUCACGUGACCGAGGCUGGGAGACCCGUUUUGUUCACGCGCCUCACAGACUGCAGGUCGCGCGGGGACAGACACAGCUCAGACGGGCGCGCGCGCGGAGAGCUGCACUGUGUGUAAACAUGAAGCUGCUGGUUGUGAGCGCCGCACUGCUGGGCUGGGUUUGCGCUUCAGCCCUGGUCACCGAACACGAUGAAUACAUCUUCAAAACGUGGAUGUCUGAGCACAAUAAACACUAUGGCCUGGAUGAGUAUUACCAGAGGCUGCAGAUCUUCUUGGAGAAUAAGAAGAAAAUCGACACGCACAAUGCUGGAAAUCACAAAUUCAGAUUGGGACUAAACCAGUUCUCGGAUAUGACUUUUGCUGAAUUCAAGAAAUUCUACCUUCUGAAAGAACCUCAGGAGUGUAACGCUACCAAAGGGAAUCAUCUUAAAGGUGUCGGCUUGUACCCAGACUCCAUUGACUGGAGGAAGAAAGGAAACUAUGUCACUGAAGUGAAAAAUCAGGGUGCUUGUGGCAGCUGCUGGACUUUCUCUACCACAGGCUGCUUGGAGUCUGUUACGGCAAUCACCACUGGGAAACUCCCUUUACUGUCAGAGCAGCAGUUGGUGGAUUGUGCCGGUGCGUUCAACAAUCAUGGCUGCAAUGGGGGACUUCCGAGUCAAGCCUUUGAGUACAUCAUGUACAAUAAAGGACUUAUGACUGAGAAUGACUAUCCAUACAUUGGUGCAGACCGUCCAUGUAAGUACAAUCCUCAGCUUGCUGCUGCCUUUGUGAAGGAUGUGGUCAACAUCACAAAAUAUGAUGAGAUGGGGAUCGUGGAUGCUGUGGCCAGGCUCAACCCUGUCAGCAUUGCUUUUGAGGUUCUGCCUGAAUUUAUGCACUAUGAAAGUGGAGUGUACAGCAGCACGGAGUGUCACAACACUACAGAAACCGUGAAUCAUGCCGUGCUCGCUGUGGGUUACGCUGAGGAGAACGGCACCCCCUACUGGAUAGUAAAGAACUCUUGGGGAACCUCUUGGGGCAUUGAUGGAUACUUCUACAUUGAAAGAGGAAGUAACAUGUGCGGCCUUGCUGCUUGUGCAUCAUAUCCAAUCGUUUGAAAUAAUAUUCAGCCACGUGAAAGCUGAAAGGGGAAAAUCAUCAGAGAUUCAGUUUCGCAUGAAUUUUAAACGUGAAAGCUGCAAGUAUGGAAAUCUAGAAGCUCAACUUUUGUGUGUCAAUCAGGAAUAAUACAUUUGCUUUUUUUUUUGAAAGAAAAAUCAUUUUACCAGUUGGAGGCCUUAAAUGAUAUUAAUUGCCUUAAUUGCAUUUUCUUUUUACAUUACAUUACAUUACAUGACAUUACAGGCAUUUAGCAGAUGCUCUUAUCCAGAGUGACAUACAACAUACCAUCAUUUAAAUACUUCAUUUUUAAAUGCUUUUGACUUUUUAAGGAUUGAUCAUAGAACCUGAUUUAAAUAAUAAAAAAAACAGCACACAAAAAA